AUGCCAAGCCUGGCUAGAUCGAUCCAGAGCGAAACAUCACGUUCGAUCAAAAGUGAUGAAAUGCCACAUUUGGCAGACGAAGGUAAUGAAUUUUUACAGGUUAUAGAUGGAGAACCGGCAAAGCCACCACCCUAUCAAGCUGUUAAUCCCAACCGGAGAGUAUGUUUCCCCGUUUAUGAGUACGAAGAGACGAGAUCUUUACCGCCAUCUUAUAAACCUACUGUGGAGGAAUGCACGGUUGUUAGUGUCAAAUGGGAAUGGUCAACACCUUAUGAGUUAUCACCUGUUAAACAUUGGCAUAAUUACUUGUUGGAGAUUAAUUCAACGCAGCUCAACUUUUAUGAUAUUGAUCCAGAAUUGACACAGGGGAUUAAAAAUUAUAGUAAUGGAUCUGAUGAAGCUCAGCAUUCCCAUUACCGUUUUUCUUUGUCAAAGGGCGGUGCAUAUCAGUUUAAUAGAUCUGACCAAGAAAACAUCACAGCACGUUUACAACGUAAUAAACCAAAAUUUUUACAUCCAUCCAAGUUGUGCAAAUCCUUUUCGUUGCAAUGUGCUAAAGUGGGUGUACCGACGGAUUAUACUAAGAAGACAUUUCUAUUAAGGUUGAGAUGUGAACAGGAACAAUUUAUGGUAAAUUUUGCUCAUGUCGAUGAUAUGAUUAUGUGGUCCGUGUAUUUGCAAACGGGUAUACACGUUUCAUUGGAUCUGGAUCUAAGAGAAUAUCCAAGUUAUAGAGUUGUUCCUAGAAGGCGUAGAACUCGUGCAAGUAAUGGUGGUCGUAGUAGCAGUGGCAGUGGCGGUGGCAGUAGGAGUAGCACUAGAUUUCCUAGACCUGAAGGUCCGCAAAGGUCACAAUCUAUGGGUAAAUUACUGUUAUCUGCAUCCCCUUCAUCUACAAGAGGUAGUGGUAGUGGUAGUCCUACACCAACAUCAGGUUCACGUAUCAAACCCCAGAGAAGCACUUCCUCAGGAUUGUUACCAACUUUACACAAACGUCAUACAUCCUCAGGUUCAUUUCCUCAAGUACCUUCAAAUGCUUCCCAUAGUCGUAAAGUGAGUCCUGGCGCUAGUAAUAUUACCGGAGAAGAAAGUCCACACUCAAUCAAAUCGAAAUUUAAGCAUUUGUUCAAAAAUGAGGAUCCACCAAAAUUGGUGAGCAGUAGAAGUAGUGGUAAUUUGUCAACCCUUCAUAAGGAACCGCGUAUUAAGUCUUCGCCUCCGAAAAGACCACCAUUAAAUUCUAAUGAUACGAAGACUAAAUUUCAUGUUGGGGAUUUGAAUUCAGUGCAAGAGGAUGUGGAAACUGAAAAUCAAAAUAUGUCUGAGAGUAAGACUUCACCAAUGCACCAUAGUGUUUUACAAAGGCCUACAGCAAGACGUAUGGUAAGUUCGCCGUUAUUAUCUGUGCCUGGGCAGUCUUUGGAUAUGAGAUCUCCAGCAUCUUCUGCUAGAGCAUCACCAACAUCAACUCCAACACCACCAAAUGAAUCUAUUUCACCAUUACCAAGAACUCCUACGCAACGAGAAGCUGAGGAAGUACAACAGGUGCGUCGUGAACAUAACGAUCCUGUAUCGGCUGAUUUUCAUGCUGGAAUUCGUGCAUCUCUUGCGGAUGAUGAUGAUGAAGAAGGUGAACUGGAAGAUACUGAAUUAAUCAGUAGUCGUAAUAGUAGAGGCAGUCGUAAUAGUGGAGGAUCUAUCUAUCUGGAAGAAGGUAUUUUUCCUGAGAAUGAUGAUGAUUACGUUUAUACUAGAAGACCUCAACAGAGCCCAAGGGGUAAAUGUGGCUCUUCUGGUAAGUGGAAUCCGCCAAUUAAGGAGCCAUCGCGUGGGAGAUACAUCAGAGAUUCGUUACGUUGUAUCAAAUCCUUAAAUGAUGAUGAUAAAUGGAUGGGUAAAGUCGUAUUUAGACCUUAUAGACCUCCAGACUUCCCUACUAACAAUUUACCGCUACCUUAUGGAUUGACACCAAAUAUCCCUAACCGUCAUACAAAGAUAAAUCCUUGGGAAACGGUUGAUUAUAAGAGAACUAGGAAUCAUUAUUUGAGACCCUACAUAGUUGGGCCAACCGGACUGGUAAAGGCUAGCACAAAGCCGCAUAACAUGUAUGAAGAGGUGUAA